GUUAUUCAUUAGUGGACAGCUUCAUAACGAAGGCCAAAAAAAGACAGCAUUAUUACUGAUGUUGACAGAGAGACGAUAGUUGGCCUAUUUUUAAAAAAAAAAGUGUGAGAAUUUUUGAAAGUACAUGGACGACGAUGAGAAUUUUAGCAAAGUUUGAGGAUUUUUUUCAUUUUAAGGUAACUGAUAACAUUAGAACACUCAACCCUUCGUAGGAUGCGGUCAUCCCACGACAAUCCUGCUUCCUCUUCGUUUUCAGCAUGGGUAAACAUAAUAGAGUUUGAAAGAAUGAAGCUCCGUAAAGGGAAUUUGGUGGAGGUCUUAAGGAAAGAACAUGAUCCAUGUGGCUCCUGGUUUCUGGCCAGCAUAGUUUCAGCAGAUGGGGAUAACUUUAUUGUUAGGUUCAAAUCACUUAUGGACCCUGAGGGAAAAGAAAUCGUGGAGAAGGUGCAUGAGAGGUAUCUUAGACCCCUGCCUCCAGAUGCGAAGGGGCAGACAUGGACAGUUGGAGAUAUGGUUGAAGUGUUUGAUGCUCGAUGUUGGAGGGUAGGGAAGGUUGCUAAGGUGUUGCAGGAAAAUAAUCGGGUUGUUAUAAGGUUCCUUGGUUCCAUCAAACUUAAAGAAUUUGAUGUCUCUAAUCUAAGGAUUAGACAGGUUUGGUGUGACAAUGAGUGGAAGAUGAUUAGAAAGGUUAUUCAAGAAAAGCAAUUUUCCAACAGUUUUAGACCAAAUAAUUCACAUUUUGCUCCGGGCUUGCUUUCCAGAACUCCAUCGGAAAUUAGGUGCAGAGAUUUUGAUAUAAGAGAGGAGGAUGGAGAAGGGCACUUUAAGUAUUGGCCUGACCAUGACGAAAACUCUCUAGAUGUACUGAUUAGAGGAAGCUGCAAGAAAAGGAAAUCACUUCCUUGUUCUAGAGGUUGUGAGAGACGUUCUCGGAGAAACAUUGCUUUAUUUAAGCAGGUCAAUGACACUUCUUACUCACAUAUAAGAGUUGAAGAAAAAUUCAUUCAGAAAUCAAUUGAAAAUAACAACAGGGUCGAUAAAGCAACGCUUCGCUGCUUAGAUGAUUCUUGUAGGCCUCUUUGGUCCACUGAAGAUAGCAACCAAUGCUCUGUUGCUAGCUGCAGCGGUAACAAUAUUGCUGAUUAUCCCAUCUUCAUUUCCCAUAAAUCACUGGAAAUUUCACCAGAUAAUUCAGAAGCCGAGUCAGCAUUUCCUUCUAUGUCUUAUAAAAGAGGAUUAGGAUCGUUUCCUGUACAGAAACUGAAGGUAAACAUUCAUGAACUAGAGCUUCAUGCUUAUAAGUCAACAAUGGAGGCAAUGUAUGCUUUAGGUCCUUUAAGUUGGGACCAAGAGUCCCUCCUAACUAAUCUCCGACUGUCCCUCAACAUUUCGGAUGAGGAACAUCUAUUCCAGAUAAGGCACCUACUGUCCACUCAAGUUUUGUGAUAAUGUCUGGAAUUUGAUUGCUUUGAGGCUCAAAACAUUGUUGGAGUUCUUGUUAGUUACAAAUCCGAGCAACUUAAAGGUUACUCUGGUAGCUCCUUUUUAAGAUUCUUGAGUAUAUAUAGAUAUAGACUCUUCUGAGUAAUUGAAUUUCAGCUCUUCAAGCUUAGAUUCAGUGGAGAAACCCAUAGAAUAAUUUUCUUUCUGCAGAAUACACUUGUUUUUUAGGACUUUUUGUAUGAAAAAAAUAUUGUGGAGGCUGAAUUAUAUUAAAUUGCAUAACUUAAA